AGGCCCCGGAUGUAGGUGUUGGGCCGCCGAGAUGGCGGAGAGCGACUACGAGGCCGUGCUGUGCGUCAAGCCCGAGGUCCAUGUCUACCGCAUCCCCCCGCGGGCCACCAACCGGGGCUACAGGGCCGCAGAGUGGCAGCUGGACCAGCCGGCAUGGAGUGGCCGCCUGCGGAUAACAUCUAAGGGGCAGAUGGCUUACAUCAAACUGGAAGACAAGACUUCAGGAGAACUUUUUGCCCAAGCCCCGAUAGACCAGUUUCCUGGAACUGCCGUGGAGAACGUGACCGAUUCCAGUAGAUACUUUGUCAUCCGGAUUGAGGAUGGAAGCGGGCGCCGGGCAUUUAUUGGGGUCGGAUUUGUCGACAGAGGCGAUGCCUUUGACUUCAAUGUAGCACUUCAAGACCACUUCAAGUGGGUGAAACAACAGUCCGAGUUUGCAAAGCAAGCUCAGAACCCAGACCAGGGGCCCAAAUUGGACCUGGGCUUCAAGGAGGGGCAGACCAUCAAACUGAACAUUGCGAACAUGAAGAAGAAGGAGGGACCCGCCGCGGGUGCUAAGUCUCGGCCGGCCAGCACGGGGAUGGCGAGCUUGCUGCCUCCUCCUCCCGGCGGAGGGAAGUCUCCUGCUCUGAUCCCUCCCUCUGGAGAGCAGCUUCUGCCAGGCCUGGCCCAGACCUGCCCAGAAAGCACUCCCACAACAGAUGCCACUUUGCCUUGGCCACCCCCGAGUACCUCUGCUGCCGCCUCGACCGACAUCUGGGGUGACUUUGCCAAAGCUUCAGGAUCAACUUCUAACCAGACUCAGCAGAGCACAAGCUGGGUCCAGUUCUAGACUGGGCACAAGUUCCACUUUCCCCUGCGUGAAUGUGAGGGAAGACGCCUCUUCUCUUCACUGCGGACCAAAGGAUGGAGGAAGCCACACUCCCCGGCCUCCGUGUUUAAAGCCAGAACCUCCUCUCUCCCCUCAGUUUCCACCCCAACAUUUCCUUGACUUUUGUUGUUUGAUUGGGCAUUACAGAAAGUGGCUGAUACCAAAGCACAAGGGGUCCAGGAUCCAAAUGCUGAAAUCAGAGCCCACGGGGGCCGGAGUGGGACAGAUGACUUUCUUCGCCGGGUCUGUAUUUCAUUUUCCUUUUUCAGUUCGGAGAUCCUAAAAUUUCUGGGCCUGAAACUCUGAUUUCAGCACUUGAAUCUAGGGGGACAAAUUCCAAAGGCAGAAUUGGGGCCGGGGGAAGGAAGGGGAAAUAUAUAUAUAUAUAUGCCACUUCACUCCAUACCAGUACUCUGCAGUGUUUACAUUUUUAAGUAACCCCAAUUCUGAGGGUGAGUGUGGCUUUGGUAUUUUUUUCCCCUCCUCUCUUCCUCUCCACCUACUCUUGGCACUUAAAAGAGUUGAAGUGCUCUCCCUGGGAGGGCUGCUGAAGGCGUCAGAGAAACCGGGAGCAGGAGGGGCGCCCAAAGACCACAGUGCCUUUACAUCCCGUUUUAUAUUUGCUCGCCGAUAACGCUAACCUGCACAAGCACAAAACGCACAAGCAAUAGGAAUCAACCAGAGCAGCCCCGCCCAGUUAGGGCAUCUGAAGGACCAAACCUCUGCCACCACAACUGCCCGUUUCAGUGCGCCUUCGGCUGGGGAAUGGAAGCCUGCCCACUUGGAAAGGUCUGUGAGCUGGGCCACCGGCAAAUGUGUGGGUGAGGCAGGAGGAGGUGGUUGGCAGUCGGGAGCUGAGCGAAUAGGCAGCCGAUGGGUGUGAAGGAGGUGGCCGCCUGCCUCGUGUUCUGGGUUGUGCCAUCAACACCUGCCAAUGAGUUGGGUUUCCCCUUUGUGGUUUCCAAAGUGCCUUGUUGACUGAAGACAACCUCUAAUCUCCUUUCUUCCGCAGGGUGGGUGAGGAGAAUGAAAGGUAGGCAGCUCAGAGUGCAGAAGUAAGAUACUGAUUGCCCAGACUACUGGUUUUUCUGGAAUGAUUGUGUCUGAGCAAGACUUUGAAAAACUCUUCUGUAGUCAUCCAAAUGCUUUAGCUUGAAAUAUUUUAUUACAGAGAGGAUAGAGACCACCCUGAAAGCUGACAAGAGUCUUUUUUAUGUGAUUGCUUUUAAGAUUUCUUUCCUUUUUCUACAAAAAAAAAAGUGUGCUUGCAUCUAUUUAUAUCAAGGGUGAAGGCAUUUUUAAUCGCUUGAAGUCUUGCUUACCCUUACCCGCUCUUUUGUGCAACUGGAAGAUGAGGAGAUCGUUUUCAGAUCAAAACACCUAAGAGUUUAUGCGUGUGCGAACUCUGCACCAGCAUUUUCAAGGACCUAGAACAAACAGGUCUUUGAUGUACAAAGUAAACACAGCAGCUCAGAUGAGAAUAAACUGAUGUUUGGAUGAA